AUGAAAUCUUUGAAAUAUUGUUUUCAGCCGUUAGUUUUGAACCGACUUCCAUCUUAUAUAUUAUCGACUUCUCGCCGAUGCCUAGCGACGGAACAGAGCAAAGAGGUAAAAGGUGAAGUUCCAGGCGAAAUAGGUCCAUCAGCGCCAGAACUUCAAGUUAAUAAUCUUACCGGUGAACAUGAACAUGUUGUUGAAAUUGCUCUCAAUCGUGCAGAAAGACGUAACGCACUUGGUAAAGAAUUGCUUGCUCAGUUGGAUGCGACAAUGGACAGCAUUAAAGAGAAUCAGAAAAUUCGAUGUGUUCUCUUUCAUAGUUUGGUUCCGAAUGUCUUCUGUGCUGGUGCGGAUCUGAAGGAACGACUUACUAUGCCUCAAGAAGAAGUCGGACCAUUUGUGUCAAAGAUCAAAGAGAUAUUUUCAAAAAUCUUUGGCUUACCGAUACCAACUAUUGCAGCACUUGAUGGUUUGGCACUCGGUGGCGGUCUCGAAUUAGCUUUGGCUUGUGAUAUUCGCAUAGCCGGUAAGGAUUUUUGCAAUGGUAAAUUGAUGUUUCAACAGAAUUUUCUAGCGCAAAAUGCUAAACUCGGUUUAACAGAAACAAAACUUGGUAUUAUUCCCGGUGCGGGUGGUACACAACGAUUACCUCGACUGAUCGGUGCAGCCAAAGCGAAAGAAUUGAUCUACACCGGACGAGUUUUAGAUGGACAGCAAGCGUAUGACAUUCGUCUUGUUAACGAAGUGGUCAAACAAAAUGAACAAUCGAAUGCAGCAUACAAACGUUCACUAGAAAUUGCACGAGAAAUCGUUCAACAGGGACCAUUAGCUGUUCGAAUGGCUAAACAAGCAAUCAAUAAAGGUAUCGAAGUUGACCUUCAAACAGGUCUUGAUGUCGAAGAAGGUUGCUAUGAUACCGUGUUAACAUCUGAAGAUCGCAUUGAAGAUUUUCAUAUUAUGGUGGGAUAUGAUCCAGGGAAAAAGAAUCUAACCAAUAGUCAAAUUUUACUUGCGAGUUCGACAUCAGGUUUUGUUUCACGUUUUCUUUUACAACCGAUUGAUGUGGUUAAGAUUCGUUUUCAACUUCAAAUUGAACCAAUUCGUCAACAGGCAGGUUCAAAAUAUCAGAGUCUAUUUCAAACGAUUCGAUUGAUCCAUCGCGAAGAAGGGAUUCGAGCUUUUUGGAAAGGACAUAUCGCUGCACAGAUUCUUUCCAUUUCAUAUACUACCUCACAAAUGUUGGCCUUUGAAAAGGUUACUCAACAGCUCAGUGAACUGUUUCCUGGUGCAGGUUCAUCAACAGCUGAGAAAUCACUCGUACAUUUUAUCGCUGGAUCGAUUUCUGCUGGGGUCGGUGUGAUUAGCUGUCAACCGAUGGACGUCUUACGCACAAGAUUUGUUGGUCAAGGUGAACCGAAGAAUUCUUUUGUGUUAAACAUCUAUACGUCCUAUAUGCAAGCUAUUCAUCGUGUCUGGACUUGUGAAGGCUUUCAUGGGUUCUACCGAGGAUUAAUUCCGGCUAUUAUUCUCUACGCACCUGUUUCUGCACUUACAUUUGGAUUCUAUGAAUUCUUCAAUCGAGCAUGGGAUCAUUUGCCACAUAAUCGAUUCGACUCUUUAAAACAUCUAUCUAAUGGUGGUGCUGCUGGCCUAUUAGCUAAGCUUGUUGUUUAUCCAUUUGAUUUAACUAAAAAACGUCUUGAAGUGGUCAGCUUCGAAGAAGCACGUUCAAAAUUCGGACAGACACGUAUUUACUCUGGUAUGAUGAACUGUCUUUCUGAAAUCAUUCGCAACGAUGGUUUUACUGGACUUUACAAAGGCAUAGCUCCAAGCCUGAUCAAAGCCUAUCUGUCCACUGCUGUGACUUUGACUAUAUACGAUUCGAUUUGUAAUAAUCUACGGCAAACAUCAUCUGAUUAG